AUGGCCGCAUGGGCUUGCGGAUCGCCUCCGUCUUUCGUCAUCUGGAUUGGCUCUACGCUUGGCACCAUACUCCCAAUUCUCGCAAAAAGACACCGGUCUUUUCAUUGUCCCGAAUGGGUGUUCUUUAUCGCGCGAUACUUUGGAUCCGUCGUGAUUAUUGCAACAGCCUAUAUUCAUCUCCUUAGCCCGGCCGAGGAGGCGCUUCGCGACCCCUGCCUGACUGGGCCGAUCACUGAGUAUGAUUGGGUCUCCGGCAUCAUCUUAAUGACAUUCUACGUUCUAUUCUUUGUGGAUUUGAUGGUCACUAGAUACAGUAGAUUCGGGGCUGAGACUGGCAACGAACUGGAAGCUAGAGCGCUAGAGGCUCUGGAACAAGGUGUAUCCCGUGAGGAGAGUGCUCUUGCGCCCAACGACAGCAGGGACGCGAAGGAUCCGACAACAGUCGAGUCCAUUCGGAAAGCCACCGCCACCUUCACGUUUGACGAAUACCGGACGCAACUCACCUCGAUCUUUGUCCUUGAAUUCGGCGUCGUCUUUCACAGUAUCUUCAUUGGGUUGACAUUGGCCGUGUCCGGCAGCGAGUUCAUCACCUUGUUCAUUGUGGUCGUUUUCCACCAGACAUUUGAGGGCAUCGGACUUGGAGCACGCAGCCGAACAACACUGAUCGUGAAUGGAGUGUUCGACUCGAUUUCUGCCGGUAUCUUGAUCUACACGGGUCUGGUUGAGCUCAUCGCGCAUGAGUUCAAGUUCAACAAGAGUAUGAGGGAUGGACCUCUAAGCAUCCUACUUUGGGCUCUUUUUUUGAUGGCCCUCGGAGCGGCAUUAAUGGCGUUGCUCGGGAAGUGGGCUUAA